GUUUAGAGAACGGUUUUGUGGAUACUAGUUAUUAUCUCAAAUCAAUUACAAUAUAUCCAAUAAAAUCAUGUGGGGGUUUCAGUGCAAGAAGUUGGCCUCUUAGCAACAAUGGCCUGACACAUGAUCGCCAGUGGAUUCUUAAAAGCCUAACUGGUGAAAUACUUACACAGAAGAAGGUUCCUGAAAUGGGCUUUAUAAGCACCUUUAUAGACCUUAGUCAAGGAAUUUUGUUUGUAGAAUCUACACGUUGCAAAGAAAGAUUGCAAAUUUCACUUGAGUCAGAUGUUUAUGAGGAUGCUAUAGAGGAGAUUGAAUUAUAUGGUCAGAGGUACAAGGUAUAUAGUUAUGACAAUGAGAUCAAUGAAUGGUUUAGCGAUGCCAUUGGUAGAGCUUGCUCUUUGUUAAGGUAUUAUAGUUUCGAUCAAGAUUUUAUGUUGAAUAAGAUCAAAGGUGCAGCCAAAUGUAGAGAUAUGAAGAACAAACUUAAUUUUGCCAAUGAAGCACAGUUCUUACUUGUAUCUGAGGAAAGUGUUUCUGACCUAAACAGAAGAUUAAGCUCAGGAUGUAAUGGAAGAUUUUGA